GAUGCUCUCAACGAGAUCGUCAUGGCGGUGGAUCUCAGAGAAAGAGGGACAGUGGGAUGCUGCUACUAUGUUGCAAGAGAUGAGAAGCUGUGCUUCAUGGAAGAUGUUAAGCUCGGAGGUGUUGACGUGGUCGAUGCUUUGAAGUCUUUCAUCGAACCUACGGUAGUCCUAGUAUCUGCUAGAGCUGAUGAUGCUGUCAUAAAUCGAUUGGACCCUGAAGCUAGACGCUCUACCUCCAUUGAUGGGUCAAGCGAUCCAUUUCGCCUCCCAUACCUGCUCGAAGUCCGUCCAUCCUCCGAGUUCGGCUAUGACGCAGCGAAGAACAAGCUCGUGAAUCUCAAGCUCGGCGAUGACGACGGACCGCAAGUCACAUUCGUUGUUCCAGGAGACGUGAUGGUGGCAGAGGGCGCUGACGACGGAGGAGGGUUCAUCGGACGUCAUGAGCAGCUCCUGAGGCUGUCUGGGUGGAUUGAUGUGGAGAGUCGCCUGACUGUCGGCUGUGCCGGAGCCUUAAUAUCUUACCUUCAGAGAAGACGAGCAGCUGGAUUCCUACCCGGUGACGAGGCUGCUCACCUCGUAUUCCGGAUCUCUACACUUGAGAUGUUCACGUUGCGGGAUACUAUGUUCAUCAAUGCCGAUACUUUGCAGUCUUUGCAGAUCUUGCAAUCGGAAUCACAUCCGCACACCCAUAACCAAGGCCCAACGAAAGGAUCAUCUGGCUCGAAGGAGGGGCUUUCUGUGUAUGGACUGUUCCACCAUCUCGCCCGAACACCGCAAGGCAAAUACCUCCUCCGACAGUAUUUUCUCCGUCCCAGCCUUAAUGUUGAUGUCAUCAAUGAGCGCCUCGAAACUAUCAGCAUUUUCGUUCGCCCAGAAAAUUCUGAGCCUUUAGAGAUGCUUGUGAAAUCAUUACAGUCUAUAAAGAACAUCCGAGUGAUCAUGAUCAACUUGCGCAAGGGGGUCGGUGGAGGUCUUACUAAGGGAGGAGGCAUUGCAAAGAGCAUCUGGGCAGGCAUUCGACUAUUUGUGUACCACGCCAUGAAGAUCAGGGACACUUUCCAAGACGUGACGGGCGGAGAAAGGCUUGCCAUUCGGGCAAGGAUUUUUGAGAAAGUCGAUACAUAUCAUUUCAGCCAAGUUGGAAGAAAAAUAAGCGAAGUGGUCGACUUUGAGAGAUCGACAGAAGAGCUCCGGACUGUCAUUAUGCCUGGCAUAGACGAAGAGCUUGACCAAAUGAAACGUACAUUUGACGGUCUUGAUGCCCUACUCAGCCAAGUAGCUCGCAAACUAUCAGAAAGCAUUCCAGCCGAGCUGCAUGAAACCCUCAAUGUCAUCUAUUUUCCGCAGAUUGGCUUCCUUGCUACGGUUCCACGGAAUCAUGCUACUGGCGGAGGCGUAUACCAAGGCGGGAUCGAGAAUCCAUGGGAGCAGAUGUUUUCAACAGAAGAGCAGGUUUACUUCAAAAACAAUGAAAUGCGGGAAAUGGAUGAUCAUUUCGGCGACCUACACGGUAUCAUCUCAGACAGGGAGAUUGAAAUCAGUCAUGAUCUUGCGCAAUUUGUUCUCGAGUACGAAGAGCUACUUACCGUGGCCUCGGAUAUCUGCGGCGAAUUGGACAGUCUCCUGGCGCUGGCUCAAGGUGCGAAGAUGUACAGACUAGCGAAGCCUAAGCUGACAAAAGACAACGUGGUCAAGAUAAAAGGUGGACGCCAUAUUCUGCAAGAGCUUACGGUACCGGCUUUCGUUUCAAACGACACAGACCUCGUUGGUGGCCACGGAGACGAUGCGAUGGAACAAGACGGCCUCGAAUCGACUGUAGAUCGUAGCUCGCACGCGCCGCAGAGGUCUUCAGGUCGGCCAUCUGCAAUCAGAAGCGAUGGCGCAAGUCUACUGAUUCUCACGGGACCGAAUUUCUCUGGCAAAAGUGUUUACUUGAAGCAAGUGGCGUUGAUCGUCUUCAUGGCGCACAUUGGAAGCUUUGUGCCUGCGGAAAGUGCCAGGAUUGGGCUUACGGAUAAGAUCCUCACUCGAGUAUCGACUCGUGAGACUGUUUCCAGGAUCCAAAGCGCCUUUAUGAUCGAUCUUCAGCAGAUAUCGCUUGCCCUGAGCUUGGCUACUCGACGCAGUCUGCUUAUCAUUGAUGAGUUUGGAAAGGGCACGGAAUCAAGUGACGGUGCGGGCAUUGCUUGCGGAGUACUCGAGUAUCUGCUCAAUCUCGGUAAAGAAAGUCCAAAAGUUCUCGGAGCGACGCAUUUCCACGAAAUCUUCGAGAACGGCUUCUUGAAGCCUCGUCCGUCCUUAGCAUUUGGUCACAUGGAAGUACGAGUCGAUACAACUGCGUCCGAGGUAGACGAUCAGAUAACAUACUUGUACAACUUUCGCGAAGGGCGUAGUACUUCGAGUUUUGGGACAUGCUGUGCCGCAAUGAACGGAGUUCCGCAAGAUGUAGUUAGGCGCGCCGAGGAGCUCAUUCUUCUGGCAGCGAAAGGAGAAGAUCUCGUUGCUGCUUGUGCUGUAAUGCCUAACGCGGAAUUGGUGGAGCUUGAAGAUGCGGAGCAAAUUGCCCGUGACUUCCUCGAAGCGGACGCCGAAAUUGACCCUAGGAAGGUCCUCGAAGACAUCCUAACCAUUUCCGCCACCACCGAUUCUCGGUCUUAGUCAAGAGGUCGGGUGUGGGACUCGAUGUCGAGAUAACGCGAUCUAGUGGUCAGCGCAGACUAAGUAUGAUGGAAGGAGUCAUGCGAUCGACAGUCAUGUUCUCGUCCACGCCAACUAUUUGCUAGAGUCACACUCAUACCCCUGCAAACUAAGAAUCAUUUGCUAGUUUGGAAGAUCAUUUGUAUAUUCAGCUACUCUAGGGCGAAUCUGAACCUUCUUCUCCUUCGUAAUCUUCGACAAUCGAGACCCUGGCUAUCCAAC